AUGAUUGACGAUGCGGCCCUCGCCGCCGCCGCCGAGAUCGUGGCAUCGAUUGCCCCAGAUUCCCGACUGCCCAAUUCGAUACCCGUGGGCGUAGCGUCCCAGGUCCAGCUACCAGGCCGCGACACACCCGCCAAGCGCAAGCUUGAGAUAGAACUCCAGAACCUCGCCCUGCGCGUGGGCAAGCUCGAGAGCCAGGCCUCGGCCACGUCCACAUUCCCCGAGACGCCCAACGAGGCCAUUGACACCCUCUUUGGCGGCGAAGACACCAGCAACAGUAACGUUGCGCUGACGACCCGCCCCAAGUCCAAAGUCAUUCACGCCCAAGGUAGCUUGCACUCUCCGCAUCUGCCAUCUUACCAGCUGACCAAAGAAGCCCUCGAAGGACUUCGAGAACAUGUCGACGACCAGUCCAAGUUGCUCGAUAGCCAGCGAGAGGAGCUGGCUGGCGUCAACGCCCAGCUCUUGGAGCAGAAGCAGCUACAAGAGCGAGCCCUCGAGGUCCUCGAGCAGGAGCGCAUUGCCACUCUGGAGCGGGAGCUCUGGAAGCACCAAAAGGCCAACGAGGCCUUCCAAAAGGCCUUGAGGGAAAUCGGCGAAAUCGUCACCGCCGUCGCCCGCGGCGACCUGACCAUGAAGGUCCGCAUGAACACGGUUGAGAUGGACCCUGAAAUCACGACAUUCAAGCGCACUAUUAACGCCAUGAUGGACCAACUGCAAACAUUUGCCAGCGAAGUCUCGCGGGUCGCUCGUGAGGUCGGUACUGAGGGUCUACUGGGCGGACAAGCCCGCAUCGGUGGCGUUGAUGGAACAUGGAAGGAAUUGACGGACAAUGUGAACGUAAUGGCUCAGAACUUGACCGAUCAAGUGCGAGAAAUUGCCUCUGUUACAACAGCUGUAGCCCACGGUGACCUGACAAAGAAGAUCGAGAGACCUGCACGGGGAGAGAUAUUGCAGCUUCAACAGACCAUCAACACCAUGGUCGACCAACUACGGACCUUUGCAUCUGAAGUCACUCGCGUAGCAAGAGAUGUCGGAACCGAAGGUAUGCUGGGUGGACAAGCCGACGUAGGGGGAGUGCAGGGCAUGUGGAACGAUCUCACCGUCAAUGUCAACGCCAUGGCCAACAACUUGACGACCCAAGUCCGCGACAUUAUCAAGGUCACGACCGCUGUCGCCAAGGGAGACUUGACGCAAAAGGUCCAGGCCGACUGCAGGGGAGAAAUCUUUGAUCUCAAGUCUACAAUCAACUCCAUGGUCGACCAGCUCCAGCAGUUUGCCCGCGAAGUUACAAAGAUCGCCAGAGAAGUCGGUACCGAGGGUCGUUUGGGAGGUCAGGCUACUGUGCACGACGUCGAAGGCACCUGGAGGGAUCUCACAGAGAACGUCAACGGCAUGGCCAUGAACCUGACGACUCAAGUGCGAGAAAUUGCCAAGGUUACUACUGCUGUCGCCAAGGGUGAUCUGACAAAGAAGAUUGGGGUCGAGGUCAAGGGCGAGAUUGCGGAGCUCAAGAACACCAUCAACCAGAUGGUGGACCGCCUGGGUACAUUCGCCGUCGAAGUGAGCAAGGUCGCCCGAGAAGUCGGCACGGAUGGAACGCUGGGUGGACAGGCUCAGGUAGCCAAUGUCGAGGGCAAGUGGAAGGAUCUCACAGAAAACGUCAACACGAUGGCCUCGAAUCUCACAGUCCAGGUCAGAAGCAUCUCAACAGUCACGCAAGCCAUUGCAAAUGGCGACAUGAGCCAGAAGAUCAAGGUCGAAGCAAAUGGAGAGAUACAGGUGCUGAAAGAGACCAUCAACAACAUGGUUGACCGUCUGUCUAGCUUCUGCUACGAAGUGCAACGAGUCGCCAAGGAUGUGGGCGUUGAUGGCAAGAUGGGGGCUCAAGCCGAUGUGGCCGGACUGGACGGCCGAUGGAAGGAGAUUACAACAGACGUCAACACCAUGGCUAGCAACUUGACAACGCAAGUGCGCGCCUUCUCGGAUAUUACUAACCUGGCCACCGACGGGGACUUUACCAAGCUCGUCGACGUCGAAGCCUCGGGCGAGAUGGAUGAGCUCAAGCGAAAGAUCAACCAGAUGAUUUCAAAUCUGCGAGACUCUAUCCAGCGAAACACCCAGGCCAGAGAGGCUGCUGAGCUUGCCAACAAGACCAAAUCCGAGUUCCUGGCCAACAUGUCCCACGAGAUCCGAACACCCAUGAACGGUAUCAUCGGGAUGACUCAACUGACAUUAGACACCGACCUGACUCAAUAUCAGAGGGAGAUGCUUAAUAUUGUCAAUAAUCUUGCCAAUAGCCUCCUGACGAUCAUUGACGACAUCUUGGAUCUUUCCAAGAUUGAGGCUCGGAGAAUGGUGAUUGAAGAGAUCCCCUACACUCUGCGGGGAACAGUCUUCAACGCCCUCAAGACUCUCGCCGUCAAGGCAAACGAGAAGUUCUUGGACCUCACCUACAAGGUCGACAGCUCCGUGCCGGACUACGUUAUUGGCGAUUCUUUCCGUCUCAGGCAAAUUAUUCUGAACCUUGUUGGCAACGCCAUCAAGUUCACUGAGCACGGCGAGGUCAGCCUGACGAUCAAGGAACGCGUCGAGCAGAGAAAUGUACGACCUGGUGAGUAUGCGGUUGAGUUUAUCGUUGAGGACACGGGUAUUGGAAUAGCAAAGGACAAGCUGGACCUGAUCUUCGACACCUUCCAGCAGGCCGAUGGGUCCAUGACACGCAAGUUUGGAGGAACCGGCCUGGGUCUAUCCAUCUCGAAACGGCUCGUGAAUCUCAUGGGUGGUGAUCUUUGGGUUAUCAGCGAGCAGGGCAAGGGCAGCGAGUUCCACUUCACAUGUCUGGUCAAGCUUGCCCACGACGACGCUGCUAUGAUCGAGCAGCAGAUUCGCCCUUACCGAGGACACCAGGUUCUCUUUGUCGACAAGGCUCAGUCGAAGGAUGGUGCCUCUAUCAAGGGCAUGCUGGAGCAGAUUGGCCUUCACCCCGUCGUCGUCGAGUCAGAGAAGAGCCCCGCCCUGACACGCCUUCAAGCUAGCGGCUCACUCCCCUACGACGCCAUUCUCGUGGAUUCGAUCGACACUGCUCGGAGGUUGAGAGCAGUGGACGACUUCAAGUACCUCCCUAUUGUCCUCCUCGCACCCGUCGUCCACGUCAGCCUCAAGUCGUGCUUGGAUCUGGGAAUCACGUCGUAUAUGACGACUCCUUGCAAGCUCAUUGAUCUAGGGAACGGCAUGAUCCCUGCCCUUGAGAACCGAGCGACCCCCUCGCUGGCUGAUAAUACCAAGUCGUUCGAGAUCCUACUCGCUGAGGAUAACACGGUCAACCAAAGGUUAGCUGUCAAGAUCCUCGAAAAGUACCACCACGUGGUGACGGUUGUGGGCAACGGUUGGGAGGCCGUGGAGGCUGUCAAGAGGAAGAAGUUUGACGUUAUUCUUAUGGACGUGCAGAUGCCCAUCAUGGGAGGCUUCGAGGCCACAGGAAAGAUUCGAGAGUACGAGCGCGGCAUAGGAACACACCGUACACCCAUUAUCGCUCUAACGGCUCACGCUAUGAUGGGCGACCGAGAAAAGUGCAUCCAGGCACAGAUGGACGAGUACCUGUCCAAGCCCCUGCAGCAGAACCACCUCAUCCAGACGAUCCUCAAGUGUGCCACCCUCGGUGGCCCACUCCUCGAGAAGAACCGCGAGCGCGAGCUGGCCCUCCACGCUGAGGCCAAGUCGUCCAAACACAAGGAGGGAGGACAAGGCCUCCUGCGACCGUCUUUGGAGGGCCGCUCCUUUACGAGUCGAGAGCCUCUGUCGGGAAACGGCAAGGAGAGCCCGGCUCUGCUGUCGCCGGAUGAGGAUCCUAUGGCAAGAGCACGUCUCGAUUUCUCUGACAUGAGGAGCCUGUCCAACUAA